GAAAGUAGAGUAAUUAAAGUCAUUAAAGUCAUUUAAAAAAAUAUUUAACCCCACUUAUCAUCAGUUCAUUAAAACUUUAAUUAUGGGUAGUGAGUACCCUAUAUGGAUUGAUGUCAUUCUCCUCAGUUUUACAUUUCUUGCUAGACAUUCUCUCGAGCUCCCUAAUAAAACGAUGUACUCAAAACAGCAUUCGAAUGCCCUAAUAAUUUCCAAAUUACGUAGUGAGCUCUUAAAUGCAGUUCUCCCAUUUUCUACUAUUAACCCAAUAAUAUUCCGUAAUCAACCUAAUAAAUUGCCGAAGUUUACAUUAUUAAAAAAUUUAUCUAAAUUUGAGGAUAUCUCCGAUUUUAAAAUUAUAACUAAUCAACCCCAUGUGUUUAUACACGAGGACCAGAUUAAUGAUAAUAAGAAUCUAUUGCAAGAUCUAGAAGAUGUGGACAAUUACCAGGGUAGCAAUUCUUCUAUAUUUAAAGGUGCUCUGAUUACAAAUAAAUUUGAUUUAAUGUAUCCAACAAAAACUAUUUUGAACUCGACAAUAUUUUCGAAUACUCAUUUACUUCUCAAAACUAUAAAUAUGAGUAAUAUGAAUUAUUCACAUAUGAAAAUAAGCAAUCUACAUAACGGCGGCCCUUCGAAUUAUAAUGCGACUAAAAUAUUAGCGGCAGUAUCAAAAAAGAUCGAAAAAUACAAGAAAUCAUCGUUCUCGAAUAAGAGUCGGCAUGCUAAAAAACCUUUAAAAACUCCGUCCAAAAUGAAAUCUAAUAAAGGAUUAAAAAUAAUCAGUAAAUCAAGGCCUAUCGAUCUAAUGGGAAAGAAUUCUAAGGACUUAUUCAAAAAUGACACUAAUAUCAAAUCCAGAGUGGUUAAAAUGAAUAACUUUAUGAAAGAAAGCUACGAAUUACUAAAAUUCCGUGCUAAGGAAAUGCUAACUAAGAUAGUGACCAAUAGAAUAGUCAUUAAUUCUACGGGCCUGAAAAAGAUUAAGUUUGGACCCUGUACGUAUCAAUUGACAGUCGUUUCCGAUUGUGAAUUCAGGACCUAUACCAAAUUUCUUGUCUACAAUUUGGUGAAAGGAGAUAACAGAAUAUGCGAUUAUGUUAAGGUCAAAGAGACCCUUUGCCAAGAUCCCUGCAAAUAUGAAAAGUUAGCAGACGGUGAUGCCGAAUGCGAUAUUCACACAAACGUGCGUAAGGUUAGGUACCAUUUAAUAAGCGGAAACGAUUCUUGUUCUAACACAGUUGUACACCAACAAUGGUGUAGAAAAUGCAUAUACAUCCCUAACAAAUGGGGUAAAUGCGAUAAUAGGACAAGAAUCAAGAUCAGAAAUUAUACGUUGCUCAAGGAGAAAAGUAGUCUCAAUUUGUGCGCACCGAAAUCUAUCACCAAAAAAUGUCAUAUUUUUAAAAAUUUUCGUACGAUUGACAACAGCUCAGACUCCCUAGAUUGUUCCUACAAGGAGAGUUACGCGUCAGAUUGCGAUCCUCACACGGGAACGAGAUUCAAAAUUUUAACGAAUGCCAACUAUCUCUCAAAAUCGGGCUGUCCUUCAAAAAACGUUACUGAGACGUGUAGAAUAAGACCAUGCAGAUAUUCAAUGUGGAAGGAUGUUCCCGAAUGCAUAAACGGAUCUGUCAAAGCAGUUAGGAGGUUAGUUUAUGGGGAUCCUAAAAUAUGCACCAAGGACACUUUGAAAUAUCCCUGCUAAUUAAAAUUUACUAAAUGUGUUUAGAGAAUUAUUAUAUAUUAGCUUUUUCAAGUUUCAUAGAAAUUCCGUGAUCAUAGUAAAAAUUAAAUCCCUCUUAUAAAAAUAUGAUUUUUCUAUUCCUAUUUGACAUAUUAAUAGUCUAUAAAUUUUUCUCUUAGUUAAAAUCUUUAUUGUGAAUUUUAUAAUUCUUGGAAAAUAUUUUCGUGUAGAGCACUGGCUAAUAUUUAUAACAAAAAAUUUUUUUUCUCAAACUCCACAGAAAAAAUAAUAAAAUUCAAUAUACGUUUAAAUGUUUUGUAAAUUUAAAAUAAUUUUUGUAUAACUAAAAAUCUCGAUUUGAGUUACACUUACCAUCUUUACGUUCGCAAUGUUUAAAUAAUUCACACCACACUUUUAUAUUGCCUUAUUAACUGGGACAAAAUUUUUUUACCCCACCCCCUCCCUAUUCUUGUAAAAACGUAUUUAUUUAGUUUUCAGCAGAUUAUUAAAUUUUUGUAAAAUAAAUUGUAUAAAAUAAUUAUAUUAUACACUUUAUUAUGAUUACGGUAUUAUUUUCCCUAAAAAUUGGAUUAUAAUUAAUUGUAUUAUUAUAAAU